AGCCGAAGAUGUCGGCUCGGUCAUGUGAUCAGCUGUGUCCAAUCACAGCUGAUCACAUGUGACAUGUACACUGAUCAUCAGGGCACUGAUGAUCAGUGUGCCCUGAUGAUCAGUGUGGUCCCAGAAGUGCCACCUGUCAGUGCUCAUGAGUGCCACAUGCCAGUGCCCAUCAGUGCCACAUCAAUUCCACAUAUCAGUGCAUACCAGUACACAUCAAUGCCACAUAUCAGUGCCCAUCUGAGCUGCCUUUCAAUGUCACCCAUCAGUGCCAGCCAGUGCCACCUAUCAGUGCUGCCAAUCAGUGCCGCCUAUCAGUGCCAGUCAGUGCCGCCUAUCAGUGCCAGUCAG